AUGAAUAUUGAUGUUAUAUUAGAAGAAAUUGAUUAUCCAAUGAAUAUACAAGUUAAAUUAAAUCAAUCGGAUAUUCAUCAAACUACUCGAAGUCAACUAUUUACUAUCAAAAAAUGGUGCUUCUCUAGACGGAAAACACUUCGUAAGGCUGGCGAAUGGGCAGUUGUCACUGGUGCAUCAUCAGGUAUUGGUGAAGCGUAUGCAGAGGAAUUGGCCAAAGAGGGUCUCAACAUCAUGCUUAUCAGUAAUGAUGAAGAACAACUAUCAGCCGUUGCUAAUCGAAUCACAAGUACCUACAAUGUUCAAACACGAAUUGUGGUUGCAGAUUUUACUAAAAAUGAUGUUUAUGAAAUAAUAAGACCUGCUGUUGACCAAUUGUCCACAAUAGCUUGUUUAGUUAACAAUGUUGGCAUGGGAUUACCCUUUGAGUUGUUUGUUGGAGAAGUCGAUUCACCGAAUGAAGAAUCAAUCAGAAAUAUCAUUCAUUGUAACAUUUUGUCUACAGUAAUAAUGACAAGAAUCAUUCUGCCGAAAAUGUUAACACAGAAGGGACCUAAUCCUGGUAUCAUAAACAUUUCCUCAUAUUCAGCUUUGAAAGUGUUUCCUUAUGCUACAAUGUACUCAUCAACGAAAGCAUUUAUUAUUCAAUUUUCUAGAUGCCUGGCUGCCGAAAAGUAUAAAAAGAAUGUUAUUAUACAAACAAUGUGUCCAAUGUUUGUAUCUACAAAUUUAACCAACUUAAUGAAAACCACAUUUUUCAUUCCAACUGCUAAAGUCUAUGCUAAACAUGCAUUGGACAUGUUUGGUGUUGAACAACAAACUUCUGGUUAUUUUCGGCAUGACUUAAAAGCAUACCUUUACGGUUUCUUACCGACAUCAGUUCGUAUACUAAUUAUAAAGUCAAUGGCCAAUUCAUUGCGAAAAAUGCACUGA